GCCUAAUUGCCCCAACAGAAUUAAGAAAUGCAAUUUCUAACUUUUCAAUAAAAGAGACGUGGCUUAAACUAAGGCCAGUCCCUCCAAAAAUGUCACGCUCUUUUCUUAGACACACUGCAUAUCUCUCUUCACUUCCAUUUCCAAUUCGAUUCAUUUCCUUUACAGCAAUGCCAAAAGCACGACAAAAUCAUGUGAUGCAAAACCCAGGUUCUGAAGUUGUUGGCAUUGUUCCUAAGAAGAGAGUGAGAAAAAGGAGAGUGGAAAUUAUAGCCAAAGAGGUUAAGACAGAAUCUCCAGAUGAAAAAUUUCUCAGGCAUCCAGACAUUGAAGAUUUUGCAAAUAAAAGUGACAAUAUUUAUUCUCGGUCAAUUCAACGUCCUGCCAACUGGGAAAGGGUCAUUGAAGGGAUACGCAGAAUGAGAUCAUCAGAACAUGCGCCUGUGGACUCCAUUGACCCGGAUGAAGGGAUGACUUCUCUUCAACCUAAGGAAAGAAGAUUUGCUGAACUGGUUGGGUCAUUGUUAUCAAGCCAGACAAAGGGUCAUGAAGCAACUCAACGGCUCCUCGAAAAUAGUUUGCUGAGUGCUGGCGCAAUGGAUAAAGCUGAUGAAGACACCAUAAAGAGCUUGAUAUACCCGGUUGGAUUUUACACAAGAAAGGCUAAGCACCUAAAACAAGUUGCAAAGAUAUGUAUCUCUAAAUAUGAUGGAGACAUUCCUAGUUCAGUGGACGAGUUGCUUCUACUUCCAGGUGUUGGUCCGAAGAUAGCUCACUUGGUUAUGAUUAUGGCAUGGAACAAAGUUGAAGGGAUUUGUGUAGACACCCACGUGCAUCGUGUUAGCAAUCGGCUUGGUUGGGUCUCACGGCCUGGAACAAAGCAGGGAACAAGAUCCCCCGAAGAGACUAGGGUCUCCUUGCAGCAAUGGCUUCCAAAAGAAGAAUGGGUUUCCAUUAAUUUGCUUUUGAGUGAGGAUAGCUCAACUGAAGAUGAAUUUUCUCUCCCCUCUGGUUAUUCUUGCUUCAGUUUUGUGGCUAUGGCCUUUACAGGUAGGCUUUGGACAGACCAUAUGUACUCCUCUGAGACCUCGCUGUGCAAAAUGCACGGUAAGUGAACUCUGUCCAUCGGCAUUUAAGGAGAUAUCAAGCCCCAAGAAGAAACUUUGACAAGGUUGUUAGCUGCAAAGUGAUCCAAUUUUCAAGUUCUAUUUUCUAAUGAUAAAUGUCGAGUUUAGCUAAAAGGAUAGUUGAUCACACUAUUUUGUAUAGUAUUUAUUUGAGCGAGUUCAGUCACUCCUACUUAGUAAUUUCUAAAGAACUAGAGGCAGAAGAUACUAUGCUUGAGUAUUUCUAAGUUUAAUUAGAGAAAAUAAUUUAAUGUCUAUCAUAGUCCUUGACAUAUGAUACAAUUACUAUUCAGGGUAACUUAUGUAUCAUUUAGAUAAUUGAUUAAUUUCAUAUUAGAUAUAUUUGGAUUCUUGUUCA